UGUCCCAGCACUCGGUGUAAUUGAAUAUGUCUCGGUACACGCUGGAUCUACUUGGUCCAUCGACUGUGCGUAUGCCUCUACCGACAUCAACGCCGUCGGCGAAACCAGUUUUUGUAUCGCCCUAUGCAGCACGUAGCGUUCGAGUGUUCGCCGUUGGGCCCGACAGCCACCGACCACUGGAACGACGCCAGCGUUGAAGCGUGCGUCGAGACCAUCCAGGCCGUUGAAGCCGUCCGCGCAUACCCCGUCUACGGCGUCUACACGGACCCCAAAUCCGGCGCGAGCAUGACGCUGCACGCGGGCCACGAGCCGGGCAACGACGCCAACUACUCCAUGUGCGGCCACACACAGCUCCGCGCGUCGCUCGCCGAGGCCGCAGCGUGCUUCCAGCGCCUCAAUUCGCACGAAGCCGAGUCGUUUGUCGCGAUGCUGGGGCGCCCUAUUCUCGGCAGCACGACGCUGUACACGCUCAUGGAGCCGAGCGAAGAGAGCCCGAUGCAGUACACGGGUAUCGAGUGGACAGCGUUCGAGGCGCCGCGGCUCGGCGACUCGACACCGAUCCGGGACCUUUGCUACCUCGAGAGCCAAAACCAGUUUUUCCACCAAGGCGAGCAGCGCCACGGGUGGGUCCGGUCGCUCCACUCGAUCGACGUCGACGCGUGUCCGCCGUUUGCAGAAAACAUUUACCGCGCCGAGAUCUACCAGUCGGGCCAAGUGUUUGUGCAGUCGGGCACGCCCGGCGUCCUCGACUGCUACUCGCUGUGCUCGAUCGACCUCAAGUACACGCUGCCCGAGCCCGAUCACAUGACGUACCUCACCAAGUGGGUCACGCAGAUGCUCCAACUGCAUACGCACAUUGCGAUGCAGCGCGCCGCGUGCGCCCGCGCCGUGCACUCGGCCGUCCAAGACGCUACGAACCAUCACUUUGUCUGCCCGACGUGCGACGAGACGCUUGCGCUCUCGAAAGCGACUUGUCGCGAGUGCGCCCGCCCGAUUUGCGAAAAGUGCCACCCGAAAUGGAGCCUCACGAGCAUGUGGCGGCGCCUCAACAAGAGCCAAGUGUGCGUCGAGUGCAGUGAAGAGCUGCGCGGCGUGAGUCUCCUCGAGCGCAACACAACGUCCGAGUCGUGGGAGUGCACGACGCGGUCCACGAUUGGGAGCGCGGCGAGCACCGAGACGACUCUGCGAAAGCGCCCGAGCAGUUUGGUCGCCAACUACGUGGCAUCCGCCCGGGACCUCGAGACAGUCUGGAUCGACGUCUCGUCGAUCGACUCGUCUGCCGCCCAGACGCCAACCGGCGAUGACAUUCCAGUCGCCCGCGCCGCCAAGCCCCGCGACGAAGUCAAGCUACACGAACUCCUCGACAGCUAUCACGCCAAAAAGCUGAUCGAAGACCCGCGCGUGCAGCAGCUAUAUAAGGACCUCCUGGCCCUCGACAGGUCAUAGUCUAUCGACUACAUACAUAUAUAACUAUACCCGCCAACUCGAUUGUGGUGACAAACAA